GAUAAAUAUUAAAACAAUUAAUUUUUAAAUUGAUGGGUGAUUAUUAAGGAGAAUAUAUCUAGUAAUAUCUGUGCAAUAUCAAUUUAAGAAAAAAGGUAAGGAUAAAUAGUGAGAUUUUAUAUAGAUAAAGGAACUACUGAAAGAGAAAACAGAAAUACUUUAAAAACUUGAACAAUUGGAAGUAGGAAUAUAAUAUUAAAUUAUUAGAAAGAUAGAAACAACUAGUCUUUUGAGGAAAGGAAAAAAAGAUUGAGAAGUCUAGCAAGUGAAAUUUAACGCAAUUUUGAAUGUCCAUUAUCAAAAUGUGGUAAGAAAUAUGGGUAAUAAUUACUUUAUGUUUAGAAGUGAAGGAUCAUUAAAUUAACAUAUAAAACUUAAGCAUCCUGAAUUGGUAAAUAAAGCUUGA